AGACCCCGCCCCCGCAGCGCCCGCUUCCAAGAUGGCGGCAGCGAUGCUUGCCCGGCUGUUGGGGUGGCGGUGACGACAGGCAGCAAAAGACCACGUAUGUGCGCUGGGGACGCGUCGGCACGGAGGCCUGGGAUAAAGGUUUGGGCAUUCGAGAGAGUGAGAAGUUUUGGGUAACGCCUGGAGACGAGCCUGAGCAGGAACGGGGUCCUAGGUGGAAGUAUGGACGGGGGCCGGGCGGGCUCACGUUGCUAGGUAGGGCAAAAGCAAAAGACUGGGAUAGGAUGGGCGUGCUCCGAAAGAGCUGGGUUUUAACCCCCUCUACAGCGCGGACCACGCCCCUCCAGGUGAGCCCUUCCAGCCACCCUUGUCUCUGCCCCUGCUCUCCCUCUCCCCUUCUCUUCAGCAGUAACCCUCCUCCCCACCCCCGCUAGAAGAGGGGAAAGGUAGAAAAGGUAGAGGACGCCACCCCCACCCUACCCUCCGCCGAGCUCUGGGGCUUUUCGCUUACAGCCGCCAGGUGGUCACGGUCCCUGCACCUGAGGAGCUGGCACCCAGGCACAUGAAGAAUAGAAGGAGCCUGUUUCCUACUUCGCCCUGGGUACUCCUUAGGCCACUCCACGGUCCUGUCAUGACUCUGUCGCCACUUCAACGGGUUCUUGGUGUGGGGGAAGACAAUGUUUCCAUUAGCUCUCCUGUCCCCACUCCCUAAUCUGUCCUGUUGGGGUGGGGGUACGGGGGUGGUUAAGUAUGAACCUGACACUUAUCAUUCCAGGGUAGCACGGGAGAGAGGCGAGGGACCUACCAUCUCCUGCUCCUCCUCUUCCUUUCCAACCACUUUCCUUCACUUCGCCUGCUGGGAAACCAGCUUCACCCUGAUCCCGAUCUCUGGCGGUGCAGGUAGCUAGUUAUCCUUUACCACUUCUGUUCCAGCUGGUCCCAGAUUCGCUGCUGGAGUGCUGGAUGGAGUCUUUCUCUGCCCUCUGUGACAUUUCCAAUUUUAGAUAAUGCCUCACAUCUCUGUCCCCCCGGGACCCCCUGGAGCCCCCAUGAUCCCUAAGAAGACAGCUUGAACCUAGAAUUCCCCUCUCCCUCCCUAGAUCUCACCCCCAGGAUGUUGCGGAGGCUGCUGGAGCGGCCUUGCACGCUGGCCCUGCUUGUGGGCUCCCAGCUGGCUGUCAUGAUGUACCUGUCACUGGGGGGCUUCCGAAGUCUCAGUGCCCUAUUUGGCCGAGAUCAGGGGCCGAUAUUUGACUAUUCUCACCCUCGUGAUGUCUACAGUAACCUCAGUCACCUGCCUGGGGCCCCAGGGGGUCCUCCAGCUCCUCAAGGUCUGCCCUACUGUCCAGAACGAUCUCCUCUCUUAGUGGGUCCUGUGUCGGUGUCCUUUAGCCCAGUGCCAUCACUGGCAGAGAUUGUGGAGCGGAAUCCCCGGGUAGAACCAGGGGGCCGGUACCGCCCUGCAGGUUGUGAGCCCCGCUCCCGAACAGCCAUCAUUGUGCCUCAUCGUGCCCGGGAGCACCACCUGCGCCUGCUGCUCUACCACCUGCACCCCUUCUUGCAGCGCCAGCAGCUUGCUUAUGGCAUCUAUGUCAUCCACCAGGCUGGAAAUGGAACAUUUAACAGGGCAAAACUGUUGAAUGUUGGGGUGCGAGAGGCCCUGCGUGAUGAAGAGUGGGACUGCUUGUUCUUGCAUGAUGUGGACCUCUUGCCAGAAAAUGACCACAAUCUGUAUGUGUGUGACCCCCGGGGACCCCGCCAUGUUGCCGUUGCUAUGAACAAGUUUGGAUACAGCCUCCCGUACCCCCAGUACUUCGGAGGAGUCUCGGCGCUUACUCCUGACCAGUACCUGAAGAUGAAUGGCUUCCCCAAUGAAUACUGGGGCUGGGGUGGUGAGGAUGAUGACAUUGCUACCAGGGUGCGCCUGGCUGGGAUGAAGAUCUCUCGGCCCCCCACAUCUGUAGGACACUAUAAGAUGGUGAAGCACCGAGGAGAUAAGGGCAACGAGGAAAAUCCCCACAGAUUUGACCUCCUGGUCCGUACCCAGAAUUCCUGGACGCAAGAUGGGAUGAACUCACUGACAUAUCAAUUGCUGGCUCGAGAGCUGGGGCCUCUUUAUACCAACAUCACAGCAGACAUUGGGACUGACCCUCGGGGUCCUCGGGCUCCUGGGCCCCGUUACCCACCUGGUUCCUCCCAAGCUUUCCGUCAAGAGAUGCUGCAACGCCGGCCCCCAGCCAGGCCUGGGCCUCCACCUACUGCCAACCACACAGCCCUCCGAGGUUCACACUGACUCCUCCUUCCUGUCUACCUUAAUCAUGAAACCGAAUUCAUGGGGUUGUAUUCUCCCCACCCUCAGCUCCUCACUAUUCUCAGAGGGAUGUGGGGGAACUGAACUCUGGUGCCGUGCUAGGGGGCAGGGGCCUCUCCCUCACUGCUGGACUGGAGCUGGGCUCCUGUAGACCUGAGGGGUCCCUCUCUCUAGGGUCUCCUGUAGGGCUUAUGACUGUGAAUCCUUGAUGUCAUGAUUUUAUGUGACGAUUCCUGGGAGUCCCUGCCCCUAGAGUAGGAGCAGGGCUGGACCCCAAGCCUCUUCCUCUUCCAUGGAGAGAAGAGUGAUCUGGCUUCUCCUGGGACCUCUGUGAAUAUUUAUUCUAUUUAUGGUUCCUGGGAAGUUGUUUGGUGAAGGAAGCCCCUCCCUGGGCAUUUUCUGCCCAUGCUGGAAUAGCUCCCUCUUCUGGUCCUGGCUCAGGGGGCUGGGAUUUUGAUAUAUUUUCUAAUAAAGGACUUUGUCUCGCA